ACGACCCCUCCCCAGCACCUCAUCCAGCAGCUCUGCGAAGCGUAUUAAGUGCAUUGAGGACGAGGUGGACAGUCCAGGCGAGGAGUCCUACUACCCCGGGCAGGGACGCUCACCGGGCAGCGGCAGUCAAGCCAGCAGCUGGCACGAGGUGGAGCCAGCUGGAUAUAAACUGCGCGGCUCGCUAGCUAGUUCGUUCAUCUCAAGACAAGGGAUGCCAUCGCCUACCACAUUAAAGAAGUCAGAGAAGUCUGGUUUCAUCAGCCCCGUGCCCCAGCAGAGCUCCCCCAGAACGGCUUUCACACACCAUCAUCGGCCUGUCAUUACAGGACCCAGAGCAAGUCCCCAUGCCACGCCUUCUAGUCUGCAUUUCCCGACGUCGCCCAUCAUCCAGCAGCCGGGCUCGUACUUCUCCCACCCGGCCAUCCGCUACCAUCCACAGGAGACCCUGAAGGAGUUUGUCCAACUUGUUUGCCCUGACAGCAGUCAGCAAGGUGGACAGGUGGGCUUCCUAAAUGAUCUUCUCUAUUACUCCCCCAGCCCAACAGCACCAGUUAGAGGGAGGUGUGUGUCUGAGCCCAACGGCAGCAGUCAGGGAAAGGUGCACAACCCGUUCUUGCCCACCCCGAUGCUGCCCCCGCCGCCGCCCCCUCCCAUGGCACGCCCCGUGCCCUUGCCCGCGCAAGACUCCAAACCGCCCUCCACCUCCUCUGAGGGAGGAGGCCACUCCCCCACCUCACCAACUUACUCCACGCCGAGUACGUCCCCAGCUCAGCGCUUCGUCAGUGUGGGCCCCCGAGACCCCAGCUUUGUAAAUAUCCCUCAGCAGCCUCAGUGGUACCUGGGCUAAAGGUUCUGGACUCUCACCAACCCCUCCAGAGGAACCCCCUUGACCUCCUAAUGAGUGCGACCUGCAAACCGUGUUCACCUGUCUACCUGUACACCUGUCUGACAGAGAGAAGGCCCCCACCCCCCACGCCCCACGCCCCACGCCCCACGCCCCACCCCUCGCAUCUGACAGACGCAUGGCUACAGCAGAACACAUCCACCAGUACCCUGCCCCUCAAACACCAGGAAUCUACUUUUGCUUGCAUACAUGCGCUAUAUAGAUCUAUAUAGCCCAUAUAUAUUACUGCAUAUGUAUGGUUUAUAUAUUAUAUUUAUAUAUAGAAGCAGGCCAACUCAACAGGAGGUGCGACAUCUCCAUGGGAGAGCAACAAUAUUUUUUUUUGAAAAGUGCACGUUUAUUAGCUAAGUGGUUUUUUUUUUUUUUUUUUUUUUUUUUCAUUUUGUCCUCCUCUAUGGCUUGGAGAGGGACAACAUGAUGUGACAUAAUCAAUAAUUUCCUCAGCUGGUGACUAGCUGAUUUGACACACAGGUCAGGUCACCUGGCAGGACUCGUCCCGCUUGUGCUGUUUGUUCUCUCGGUGUGUGUGUGUGUGUGUGUGUGUGUGUGCGCGCACGCAUGUUGUGUGUGUGUGUGUGUGUCUGUGUGUGUGUGUGUGUGUGUGUGUGUGUGUGUGUGUGUGUGCUUACUUGAGACCGGUACAGCUUGGAGCCCCUGUUUCUCUCUCUCUCUCUGUCUGUUUCCCAUCACACCCCAUCAUACUGAACUGUCUGUUUCUCUUGCUCUGCUGGGCUUGUGCACUGGUUAGAGUGCAGAGGUUUGGUGAAACGUUUCUCCGACCUCUCUAGGCCAGCCUGCCCCCACUCACUCACCCCUAAGGACUGACAGAGCGCUCAACACAGCCCUACUCUCACCAUAUUCCUGACCACUGGCCAUCGCUAAGCUGUGCAUGGAGGAGGGAGAGCAUCCUUUCUUCACAGCCUUUUCAUGGACAUAUCGCAGCAAUUACAAACAUCCCAGUAGACCAGAGACAAGGACUUCCCACUUUUCCCUGGGAUGUUGGGCAGGGGAUGAGAGGACAAUUUAGGUUGAUGUUUUUGAUAUCGGUCAAAUCAGGUGAAAUUACACAAGCUUGAGAGGCUACACAGUGUAUUUUGACAGGAGGGUUUUUGUUAAGAAGGAAAAAAAAAACAUCCUGUCAUGGAGGUAUGUUCAUAUUUCAUAUUUGUUUUUGUAUAAAAGUUAUUUCAGUUAUUUCAACAUAUAUCCUACUAAAGGUCUGUAUGAUCAGCAAAGCCGAGGGUGGAGAACCGGAUGAAGCUUCACCUGGAGCUGGAGGCGUGGUAUUAAGGCAAACAGUGGAUUACUGAAGUGAGGAAAGUGCAAUUUUUCAGAUAGCUGUUGGAGUUUUAAAUAUCUGCAGAAGAUUGUUUAAAAAGUAUAUAUAUAUAAAAAUAUAUAUAUACUUUUUCUAUUUUUUCCUUCCUAGUCCAUUUACACCUCCAGGACUCUAAAAUAUUGGGGUACAAAAAGAAAGAAGUGUAGAACAAAUUAGCCUUGUGGGAAAAGGGGAGUUGUACUUUUACAUUGUUGCUGUUUUAAUUGUUUGUUUGUUCAUUGUGUAAAUUUGUUAGUAGAACAGAGAAAAUCCCUUUAAGAGAUUUUGUCAUUUAAACAAUCAAUUUUUUAAAAGCAUUCGGAGCCGCUACAAAGUACGUACAUAGUACAAAGUACGUAGAUGGCCGUGUUAGCUCAUUAGAAAACAAAAACGCUUAGCAAUUAACUUAUUUUAACAAAGCACAUAAUUUUUACAAGAAAAGUUUUCUGUUGAAUUUCACAUCAGGCAAAAUCAAGGAUGUGGGCAAAUAUUGAGCAUCAUCAGGAAUUUUCCCCCUUUUUUAUUCAGUUAGACGUCUUAGAAGUCAUCAUAAACAAUCAUUAUCACCCGCUAAAAUAAAAGAAUUGCUUCUGUCAGUCAUGUUCAGGCUUAGGUUCAGGCCAGGGCUAAAUAACAGAUAGGUAGCCUAAAGACUUUCCCCAUAACCUUUAAAAAAAAAGUAGAUGUAACAAAACAUGAAUACCACAUCAGACUAGGAUGCAACCAGAUAAGCGAAGCUAUUCCAUUGCUUCAUAUGCAGUGAACUUUUUUUCUCCUUGUUUGAUUUCUUGAUUUUGUUUUAUUUUUUCCUAUACUACACAUAUAUACAUGCAUAUGACCGACACAUUCAUUGUCAAUCUCAAUUUAGUAAAACAAAAAACAAAAAACAUGAAAAAAAUCUGCAUGUUCUAGUGUUAGUGGCAAAUUUUUACAUACGUAACGUAGUGUUAGUGUGAGCGAAGACACAAUAUUGUAAUCCUGACAUAAGGCACUUGCCCAACAGACUAUUCAUUUGCCCCCUGCUGUCCGUCACCACCAGUCAGAUUGAGGUAUGUCUCUGACUCGUUUGGGUUCUCAUCCUUUCUGGAAUUUUUCCUUCCUCAUUUGUUCAAAUUUUGUUUGUUUAAAAGAUGUAUUUCAUUUUCUGUUCUCAAAUUGCACGAAUUCUCUUGUUCCUCAUAAAUGUGCCUUGAGCAAUGGUCUGGUCUUGAGUUGUUGCACAAGUUCCUGUGUGGAGAAUUUCAUAUUUUCCUUUCGAUUCCUUUCCACCCUUCCAAGCAUGGCUAUGUCUAAUGAUGGUGGUGAAGGUGAUGCUGCUGCCAGUUUGAAAGCUCAGUACCUCUCAUCCUGUCGCAGGCCUCCCAGUCUUAGAACAUGCAGGUCUUCCUCAACUGCAGACAGGCGACUGACCUUGACAAGCUUCGGUCAGAUUCCCAUCACUGGAGCAGACUAUGAUCUUGAAACAUACUGGCACAAAGCCUACUGCCCGUUUGGCUGAAAAGCAGUGUCCCUGUGCUUCUUCUGUGCUCAUCGCACCACCUAACAUAUGCCUGUGUGGCCCUGCACCUGGACGAGUUGAUCACAGUAGACCCCGCCCCUUUCUUUAGGAGAAGUCAUUAUAAUAUUCCCCUCAGCAUCCCCUUUUUGUCUGUAAACACUAGUGUGCCAGUGUUAUUAGUGAAUAUUGGUGCAAUUUCUACAUAGAAAACUACGUUUGCGUUAGAAUUUGUGUUUGGAUUGUCUAUUUUUUGUGACUUUUGCUUUGUUUUUGUUUGUUUUUUUGUUCCCAGAAAUGAAUUAUGAGAAAAACAAAAAAAUAUGCAAUACUUGCUUGCACUCUUCACUAGUCAUUUAUUAUGUUGCAUUCUGGCUUUGUCAUUAUUAUUAUUAUUAUUAUUAUUAUUAUUAUUAUUAUUACCUUUUUAACCAAAGUUAGUGUUGCACUUGACUGGCUGCCGAGGCAGCUGUCAGCUUGUCUGAUACACCAUCCCACCCUCAGUCCCAUCAUGGCAGAGCCUGACGUGGCCGUGUCCAUUCAGCCUUUAUGGAUAUCCACUUUCCUUUAUACCUAAUGGUAAAGCUGACCAUCAAUGAUUUUUUUUUUCAAUUACCUUUUAGUCACAUGUGAGCCUUAAACAAGGAGACUUCCUCUUCAUCACAAAAAUAACACACUUUCAAAGCAAACUAAUAACGUCCAGGAGGAAGUGAUCGCCCACAUUUAUGUACAUUUUUAACAAACUUCCAGGCUAUAUUAAUUGUUUACCUGUUUCCUGUCUACAACGUAUAUCAUUUACAAAAAAAUCAUUUUGAAUAUGGGGAAGUUUUCCCCAGAUGUCUGAUGUGAUGGUUUAACAGUUACACAUGCGUGGGUUGUGCUUUUUUUCUAGUGUGACAGUUUUGUUUUGUUAUUCUUGCCUACCCUUUAGACAUGAGUUGGGCAUUACUUUCUUAAUUAUCUGCACUAAAUAAAAACUAAAUGACAAUUGUGAAAAAUAAACGGCCUUAAUGGCCUAAAAGUGCGAAGGGAAAAAUAAUUGCACGGACAUUUUUGUGUCGCAAAAGCAGCCUAUCAUCUAAUCAGUAAGAUUUGGCUGUGUGUGUGUGUAAGAUAUGACAAAAUUGCACCCUUUUUAAAGAAAGACAAAAGAAAAGGAAUAUAAAAGCAAUAGUUUGGGCAGUCCAUUUUUGUUCUUGUGUUUGUGUGUGUUAUUUUAGUUUGGGAAAUAGGAAUAGCGGAGAGCAUGGAAAGAGACGACAGACAAACAAAGAAGUGUGUACCUGAGUCGAGAAGAACAGGGAGGCCAACAGGGCAAGGCACCUGACCUGACCGUGGGAGAUGUGUUGUUUGUGUGUUGUAUAGUUUUAUUAAUUACACUGAUUUUAAAAGCUGCCCUAUUUUAUAAUGCAAGAUUUUUGUAACAUUGAUUAAAUGAGGAAAAAAAUAGUGUUGUGAAUUUUCUGAUUGUUUGUAUUAAGGCCACAUUAAUAGAAUUGUUUUUUUUGUUUUCUUUGUUUGUUCUUGGGGAACUGGAUUUAAGUUGAAAACUUUCCUGUUCUUCUUUUUUUGUUUUGCUUUCCUUUUUUGUAUGUAUUUAAAGAAUUUUCUCUUUUUUCAGUGGUAUGGAAUAUCCCUGUACUUGAAAAGUAUAGGGACAUGAGGUGAAAACCCUAUUGUAAAUGGAUGUGACAAGUAUGCUGUAUGUUUUGAAGGUUAUUUGUUGCAUCAGUGUUGAUAAAGCUAAAUCCGCAGCAGGUAACUCUGAGGAUGUUGCUAAGGAAAAAGAGUGUUUUUUGCAUUUAAAAAUGAGUUUAGGCAGAAGACAAUAACAUAGACAGCCAAAGGAUGCCCCUAUUAUAAGUGCAUCUAGGCCUCUUUCUUUGUGUUCACCAUUCCAUGCAGGAAAAAAAUAAACAGCUUGAUAUGCAACAUGA